AUGUUUUCUGUCGUCCUACCAGGAAGGCCAUGUCUCACUGAAGCCGUUCCAAUACAGCCAGACCCUAAUACGCCUCCAACGAACUUUGCAUUCACAUUCCCAGCUGCGCCAAAAUUCUCCCAUAUCGUUGUUUUCCUGUUACCGGGAGUCACCCUUCCUUCAGAUGCCGCUGCCGCAGUGUACAUACAGUUCCCAAACCAGUCUUCGAACACAACCCUGGGCAAUGGGCAGCAACAGCAGCAACCCGAGUUCCGCUUCCUGGGAGCAAUCGCCAACGAGAAGCCGUCAGCCAUAUUCAAAGUCAGCAUCCCCGGUUCCCAGAAGCCAAUGACAGAAGCAGAGCAGGAGAAUGAAAUGAUGGACGAAGGGGCCGCUAAUGUAAACGUUGCUAAUCCAAAUGCCACCAUCACCUUGGGGAUAUCAAUCGAGUCAACUCAAAUGGUUCGCGAGAAGCUGGCUACCUUGCAACAAUCACAAGCGCAGCCGUCGACGGGCAUGGAGCUCGUGAGGCUGGCUGGUCAAUCAUCACCACGACCAAACGUGUCGACGAAAGUUCUAGCACAAAGGAUUAUUGGAAAUGCAUUUAAUUUCCUCGCUAGUUUUGCGGCAUCAGACCCCCGAGCACAGGGGGAGGAGGUCGUCCCACUGAAAAGCUUUAGGGACUGGUGGGCGAAAUUCGAGAGAAGGAUCGAUUCUGAUCCAGGAUUUCUAGAGAGAGAAGGCAACUGA